UCCUUCCACGCCGCGUCGCACGCACAUCUACCGGUCCCCUCCAUCUCUCGGCACCACGCCGCACAGGGUGUCCCGCCCCCGGCCCUUCCGGCCGGCCAGCCGCCAUGAGGAAGCCGACGACGAGGAGCGGCCCCAACAAGCAUGGCAGCUGCGGCGGCGGUGAUCGUAGGGUGGCCACGCUACCGGCGAAGCAGAAGGCGGCCGUGUCCGGCGGCCACCGUGGCGUCGCCGUCGGCGCGUUCGACUGCCUCCCCGACGACCUCGUGCUCGCCGUGUUAGCGGGGCUCGCGGCGCGCGCCGGGUGCCCCGCCGACCUCGCUGCGGCGGCGCUACCGUGCAGGAGGUUCCGCGAUCUCGCGGCGCACCCCGCGGUGCUGUCGCGUGCGUCGGCGGCGGCCGUCGCCGUGCCCGCGGGGAGGUGGUCGGAUGCGGCGCACCAGUUCUUGCGGCGGUGCGCGGCCGCCGGCAACCUCCACGCCUGCUACUUCCUCGGCAUGGUGCGGUUCUACUGCGUCGGGGGCAGGGCGACGGGGGCGGCGCUGCUGGCGCGCGCGGCGGCGGGCGGGCACGCGGCGGCGCUGUACGCGCUCGCCGUGGUGCAGUUCAACGGCAGCGGCGGAGUCAAGGCGGACAAGGACCCGCGCGCGGGGGUGGCGCUGUGCGCGCGCGCCGCGUGGCUCGGCCACGUCCCGGCGCUCCGCGAGCUCGGCCACUGCAUCCAGGACGGCUACGGCGCGCGCCGCGACGCCGCCACCGGACGCCGCUUCCUGCUCCACGCCGCCGCGCGCGAGUUCCUCGUCUCCUCGUCGCACACGCACCGCCGAAACGGCCAAGAAGAAGAAGACGCUGCCAGUAGGUUCAUGGUGGAGUGGUGGGCGCUGGCCGCUGCCAAGACAGGAGGAGAAGGCGACGGCGAUGCCGACGUGCGCCUGUGCUCGCACCCGCGGUGCGGUCGGAGGGAGACGCGGCGGCACGAGUUCCGGCGGUGCUCCGCGUGCGGGUCCGCCGUCUACUGCUCGCGCGAGUGCCAGGCGCUGGAUUGGAAGCGCGUGCACCGUGGCCAGUGCGCGGCCGCCGCUAGCCGGUGGCUCGCCGCCGGGAACGCGCAGUGAGCUAGCGACGCGAACGUCGCGCAUGUACAUAGCUUGUGAAUAGUGGUAAUAGUACUAGACUAGAUAGCGUGCCACUCUACAUGUUGCCAUGUUGGUAGCUUUUAUUACUUCUUGCAUAGACUUGAGGUUAAUUAAACUAGCUAUAUAUAUAUAGCUAGGCGUGCUUGCAUUUCUUUUGUAAAUUUUGGAUCAAUCAGUUGUUAGGGAUAUAUAGUGAUUAGAGUUGCUUGGAUUUUAGUGGUGGCACAACAAAUGUUAGCAGAUGUUGCUGCUAGUGAUGGGCAAAUGUUAGCAGUUGUUAGGCUCUUUUGAGAAUGUGAUGCUAGUAUAUAUGUUGUCUGUGCCAGUUAGGCAAGGCAUGCCGUCGGCGUGGUAGUAGGGUAUUCUUCUGUCCGUCGUGUUUAAAAAAAAAAGAUGAAAAGUUUUGCA